GGAGACCGGCCUGGCUUCAUGACUGAGCAAGUACAUCAACCUUUUGUGCUCGCGACUCAGAUUACUGCAUUCGGUAUCACAAGUGAUACCAGAUCUGUUCAGAAACCAACGGGGGCCAGUUGUGCACUUUCUGAACUUGCAUCUGGAGAAGAUAUUGCUGCCGGCCUCGCAUGGGUUGAUCCACCCUGACCCAUCUCACACUUUCCAACAGCAAGUCGGCAAUACAAAAUUGCAUCUAAAGGUAAGACACGGGCAACUAUCCACCGAGAGUGUGCUCAUCUGAUCGUUGACCAAACCUCUAUCCCACCCACCCUUUUAUGGCUUCACUUUCGCAGCCACGACAUUGCUGAUCAUGGACAUUUCACUAGCAGAUAAAUAUUCCCGGCGCUUGUCUUCUCCUGCUCCAGCCCAAUCUCAAAUUCUCAUUGGCUUCUUCUUCUUCUUCUUCCAUACAACUCUGCUCUGUGCUCUUCACUCUGUCUACUUCCAUUUUCAAGAAUCCGUACUCAGAUCCUGAGUCUCUGAGCAGAGUACCACUGGAGGGAGCUAGCUAGCUAGCCGGAGUGCCGGACGAACGGCGAUGGCAGGCGAGCGUACUGUGAUGAUGUGCAUGGCAGCUGCGGCGCUGCUGGUUUCUUUGACCGGCGGUGCGGGCGUGGCGGCGGCCUCAGCGAAGGAGCUACGGCAAGGCUUCUCGGCCGCCCACGACACCUCCUACUCGCACUUCCAGCCGGUGCUCUCCGACCCCACCGGCGUCUUCGCCCUCGGCUUCCUCCGCGUCAACUCCACCACGCUCGACCUCGCCGUCCUCCACCUCCCUUCCGCUUUCCCCCUCUGGCGAGCCAUGCCGGAUCGCCCCGCGCCAUGGUCCGCGGCCGCGUCCCUCUCCUUCAACGGCAGCCUGGUGCUCACAGACGGCGCCACCAACCAAGUGCUCUGGUCCACCGCUGCGGCGGCCGGUGACCGCGCCGUUCUCCUCAACACGUCCAACCUUCAUAUUCAGAGCAACAGCUCACCUGUUGCCGUGUGGCAAAGCUUCGACUACCCUUCGGACACCAUUGUCCAGGGCCAGAACCUCACCUCAUCGGUGGCGCUUCACUCCGUGGACCAGCGAUUCGCCAUGCGGCUCGGGAGCAACUACUUCGCGCUCUACGUCGAGCCGCCACCGAUGUCAUCAGGCGGCGUCGCCGCCGCCAUGUACUCGAAGCACACGGCUCUGGAGGCCAAGGCCCAGAUCGUGCCCGGCGGCGGCCCCAUAUACGUGCGCGUGGAGCCCGACGGCUACCUCGGCAUGUACCAGAAGGAGGGACCCCCCGCGGACGUCAUGUCUUUCGACACCUUCAACCACGGCGUCCGUGCUCUCCGCCGCAUGACUCUCGAGCCCGACGGCAACCUCCGCGCCUACUACUGGGACGGGUCCCGGUGGGUGCUCGACUACACCACCAUCACCGACUCGUGCGAGCUGCCAACCACCUGCGGCGCCUACAGCGUCUGCGUCCCGCCCAGCGGCCGGUGCGCGUGCCUGGCGAACGCCACCGACGGCCCGGGCUGCGCCGCCCCCUCCGUCGGGAGCGGCCUGUGCGGCACCACGGGCGGCGAGGUUGGCGGGCUGUACUCGGAGGUGCGGAGACACGGCGUGGAGCCGGCGAACAAGGAGCUGCUGGGGUUCGAGCACGCGCCGUCCGCGGGAGACUGCGAGGCGCUGUGCGCGCGCAACUGCAGCUGCUGGGGCGCGGUGUACAGCAACAUGACGGGCUACUGCUACCUCAUGGACUACCCGGCGCAGCUGAUGGUGGCCGCCGACGAGAAGAAGCUGGGCUACUUCAAGGUGAGGAGCGUGGAAGAGGCGGCUGGGCGCGGCGGGAGGGCGACCGGUGUCAAGGCGGCGCUGCUUGCGGUCGGCGUCGCGGUGGUGGCUGCCGCCGCUGCGUCCGGGGCGUACAGGGUGUGGGACAGGAGGCGCCGUGCGGCAGCGGAGACGCGGCAGCAGCUGGGCGCCGACGGUGAUGGGCUCUCGCCGGGUCCCUACAAGAAUCUGGGAUCCUUCAGCUCCGUCGAGCUCUCCAGCAGCUUCAACUCCUUACGGAGGUAGCCAGCCAGGAUGGUGAGAUCCAGUAACCAGAUCGGUUUCUUGAGAUCGGCACGACGGGAAAGGUACACGGCAGCACGGGUGCGGGAAGUAGGCGAGACGGCGCCCGCUGAUCGGAGAAGAAAGCUAAUCCGACAGGAUCGGUGGUUUCUGGGCGAGAAAAGAAAUGCCAAUCUGGUCCGGGCGGCAUCUGCUACCGGACCAUCGACGGCUCGGGGAACUUCAAGAUGGGGACACUCAUCUAGCCGUUGUAUUGAAAUUCAACGGUUGUCAUGCGUCUUCCAGCUCAAGCCUUUCCAUCUACAGUUUAUUCCUUCUCGUGACCGUCCUGCCUGACGCAGCACGCCUCUCCUUAGAUAACUACCAGAUCAUCAGCAUACUCUACCUCGAUUCAUCAUUUCAAACUUCACAUUGAAGGUUUUUCGGUAUCAACUCCUUCUAUCUAUACCGCAGUUGAAGCACCUACAUGUAAAUCUUGUGUCUUUCUUGUCGGUAAUGGGGGUAAUCGUCCUUACCAUUGUAAAAUAAAAGCAUGUGGCUUUGCCCAUUCACAAGAACUCGAUUGUUCUGGUA